AAAAUGUUAAGAAAAGACGUAAACGAAGGAGGGAGACCUCAAAUCGAAAUCGGGGCUAGGCCGCUAGGGCUUGUCGUGCCCUCGCCAUCGUCAACCAUGGGACUCCUAUUCGUGCUGGCAGACGCGAAGCGGGCCCGGGAGGAAGCGGCGGAGGAGAGAGGCGGCGAGAAGAGGCAGAAGAAGGCCGAGGAGUCGGGUCCGGUCACCGUUGGUCCGAAGACUUUCAAGACGUCAGUGGAGAUGUUCGAUUACUUCUACCGGUUUCUUCAUUACUGGCCCACAGAUCUCAAUGUGAACAAGUAUGAGUACAUGGUGCUACUGGACUUGCUUAACAAGGGCCAUCCAGAACCUGGGAAAAUGAUUGGCACAGGGAUCGCUGCCUUCCAAGUUCGUGAGCAUCCCCGGUGGAGAAGCCGGUGCUACUUUAUUGUAAGAACUGAUGGUUCGGUGGAUGAUUUCAGCUUCAGGAAGUGUGUGAAUCACAUACUUCCCUUGCCAGAAAACAUGCGAGUAAAGUGGGAUGCAAGCGAGGAGUUGGGCAGCCGUACUGUAUGCGAGGCAUCGGGGACGCCCUGAUGAAAGCCAUGUCAGAAAAGAUGGCGGAGGAGGUGAUGGCCGUGGUGGUGGAGGAGGAAAAAAGGCCAUGAGUCAAGAAACUAAGGUGGCAUUGCCGGUAUGUAGAAAUUAUGUCUAGUGUUGAAAGAAACCUCUAUAGGGUCUUUUAGGUUCUGCUCUAUCAGGCAGAGUGGAUGCAGCUUACAAAUGUUUAAUACUAAUGUUUGCUUGGUUUGCAUCUGAAGCAAUAUAUAUCAUUUGCAUAUUUAUGGACCAAAUCAUCAUUUUGUUU